AUGACUGAUCCACCAUUGAUCUCUUUGACCACUUCGAAUCGAGGCAAGCCUUUGCUCGUUUACUCAGGAUAUAUUCAUGGACUUAAAAAGUCGACGAAUAAAGUGAAAUAUUGGGUUUGUCAUAGUGAUGGCUGUUUGGUCACCAUUCACACAAACAAAAACGACGAAAUUCUUAAAGCUAAUGGUCAUCAUUAUCAUAUACCUGAUUCAGAACAAAUCGAACUUCGAAACUUAAGAAAAAAAGUGAAAGAUAGAAUACAAUCUGAAACUAAUUCUAUACCUAAAACAUAUGAAGAAGAAUUAGCUCGCUCAAAUCUAUCUGCAACAGCUUUAACUCUUGCACCUGUUGCUUCGGUUCUUAAUCGUGUUCGUCGAAAAACAACUCCAACUCUACCAACAUCAGCUGAUUUUGAUAUUCCUGAUUUUUAUCAACAAACACUUAACGAUGCACAAUUUAUCUUAUUAUUCUCGUCUGAAUGGAUAUUUCUUGAUGGUACAUUUGAUAAAUGUCCUAAACAAUUUCAACAAAUUUAUACAAUUCAUGGUUUAAAAUUUCAACAAAAUUUUCCUUGUGUGAUUUGUCUUUUAUCCGGAAAAACAGCUGACAUUUAUAGACAGCUGUUCCUUGAACUUAAUGAUCAUGCUACUCGAUUGAAAAUGAAGUUUGAACCAAAACACGUGAUGUCAGAUUUUGAGAUGUCUUUAACCAAAGUCAUCAAAGAAAAACUUCCAAAUGUAAUACAUCAUGGAUGCUUUUUCCAUUUCACUCAAUCUCUCCAUAAACACAUCAAUUCACUUGGUCUUUUUACAGCUUAUCUUGAGGAUGAAGAUUUACGUUUAGCUUGUCGAAGUACAAUGGCACUUGCUCUUCUUCCUCCAGAUCAUCUAGAAGAAGCUUUCGAACUUCUUAAAAAUGAUUCACCUGAAGAAUUGAUUGACUUUUUUAAAUACUUUCAAAAUCAAUGGUUAAAAUGUGUACCAAAAAAUAUUGGAAUGUAUCAAAUCUCGAGUUUCGUACAAACAAUAUUUGCGAAAUUAAUGCUUUUUUUAUUAUCCAAAAAUAUAUUUUUUUCUUUCAUCUAUUACCUGGCAUAA